AUGGCUCAAAAUAUGGAUGAAGGCGAGGUCUUCAAAAUUGAAGAUCUGAAGCGGGGAUCGGAUUACCUGAAUACGGACUCGUUGAAUUCCCAAGCAAUUGGAUUUCUCCACUCUCAACAUAUGCGAGCCACCAGGAAAGUAGUUGAUUUCAACUUACAUGCUGUUUUCUUGAUGCAAGAGUUCGGGAGGUCCGAUUCUAUCCAGAAGAUUGUCAGGAUGAUCCGAAAGACAUAUGAUGAAGAUUUUCCACCCAAAACGACCUUACAAAGUCAGUUGGUCGGUGCUGCAAAAUUGGUUGAACAUCGGAUGCAAGUUUACCACAAAAAUCAACAAGCCAAUCCAACCGUAAAAAAGCCGUUCUGUCUCCGAUAUCCCACCUACAUUGAUGUAAUCAAGCACUCGAUUUCCUCUGAGGAUAAGUGUGAGGUCCUACCUGGUGACGUAAUGGUCAUUCUUAUUGAUGAGGGGGGAAUAUGUAUUGGGGUAGGCCUCCCUCCAAAGCCGCAAUCAACAAAGAGCUUGCAUGUCCCUCGUGAUGUUAGGGCCAGGGAGCGAUUGGAUCGAUUUGUGGUAGACAACGUGCUUCAAAGCAAUGAAGACAGUGUAAUACGGUCCAGUCAUAUGUCUAAUCAGUUCCCAGUUUCUACUUUGCCUCUUUCUUUGGAUACCAAGGGGGAGGUACGUGCAGGCAAGGGGGCCAAAAAAUCAACAGUCUCCUAUCAAGCUUAUGGAUAUGGCUUGGGAAGUGUGCUGCGGACAAAACCAUCAAAUGUUCCACCCAUGAUAUCAAGAAAGAAGAGCUACAGGGCCACGGGGACCAUUGGAAAUCCAAACCUGAACCCAAUCUUCCGGAACCUCUUUGUACUGAAACCGGUCCACGGGCACGCGGGCUUGUUGAACUUCGACACGAUAUGUUCGGUGAAAGAAGUCAAUGGGCUGGAGGACAAUGUGAUAAUUGCAGCACGCACAGUAUCAGUCAAUACGCUCCCCAACACCCACCGAGACAAAAAAAACGCCUUGUUGAUGGACAGCGUCUUUUUCUUUGGAAAUCAUCUUGGGGGACAGUUUCUUCUCCCUUCACUAGGCCUAGCUUAUCCAGGCGAUAUUCAGUGGCCAUGUGGAGCAGAGCUUCCUCCUUUUCAUCAAUUGCUCGAUUUUCAGCCUACCAAAAAGGGAAUGAGAAAUUUAGCGACUGUAGAUUUUGGCUUCCGGUUUAUCCAGAAUAUGAUUCUGCAAAAGUUACAGGUCUCCUCAAAGCUCAAGUGA